GCUGAGUUCCACAUUUCCGCCUGUAGGUGGCGAUGAUGCAGCCGCAAGUUGGUUACCACACAAACAUCAAGAACUAAAGAAGAAAAUCGCCGCGUACUGUUCUGUUUCAGCGGUGUGGUUCCGAGUUUUCUUCAAGGAUACGGUGACUGUUACCAGGCCAUGGAUAGCUCGUACCGCUCAGACACUUCGGGCUAUAACAGCCGCUAUGUGCACUCGCAGUACAGUCACCCCGGGCUUCACGAAGCGCGGGAGCCGGACCUCACGGCUCCACCGUGGACGCCUCCGCCGGCUUACGACGCUCGUCCCUUCGGUGUGGGUUUCACGGGACCACCUUUUGCCCAGCCUUACGGAUUUGACCCCUCUGUGCCCCCGCCUGGUUUCGGCUGCCCACCCCCCGGACACCUCCUGAACGUGCCACUCCCAAGCAUCCCCGGAGCCCCCCAGGAACUCCAAACACGGCCUCACGCUCCUCGCUGUGACCGUGAGCUAGCGUCAAACCGCAGCCACACGGAGCACCGCGGCCCGGUAGCGACACGGGAUCCGGACGAUGAUGUGACCCGGCAGAGGAAGCAGGACACGAAAUGGGUCAGACAGUUCUUACAGGCCACAGGGAAGAAGAGCUGCGGGAGGCUACAGAGCCAGCACUCGCCGCAACUGAGCUCCAUCUCCUCCCUCAGACAGGCUCUGUACGGGGCAGCUCAGCUCAUUUCACGGCUGGAAGACCUUUGUCACACUCUGACUCACUCUCUGCACGGUGACGGUGAGUGGACGCACUCAUACUUAAGGGCUUUAGGCAUCAAGGCAGAGCUGGCGGACAAAGCCAGACUUCUCGCCGACACCUCACGGUUAGGUGAGCUGAAGGCUCAAGUGUCCCGGGCUGCUUGCAGGAGGCUCCGCAGACUCAGAGCCAGGAGAGAAGCAAAGACGGAGGAGAAAGACGCGGAAGAGCGCAGGUCUCUCAAAGAGACCGCUGUAGACAAAUGGAGGAUGAAACUGAUGCAGGAAGUGGAGGAGAAGAAAAAGGAGAAGGAACUGAAGAUGGCUGCAGACUCUGUCCUUUGUGAAGUUAGGAAGAAGCAGGCGGAUGUGAAGAGGAUGCAGGACAUCCUGAGAUCCCUGGAGAAGCUGCGUAGGCUACGGAGAGAAGCGGUAUCCAAGAAAG